AUGGACUUCCAACCCAAGAAACAAUCUUCCAGGCGAGGUUCCGAGACCACCAUUCCAUCGCGGCACCGAUCAAGUGUGCCCUCCCCUUACACCCAACCCCCACCACAGACGGCCUUCCCACAGACACAUGCCGGAUUUCCAAUCAACGACUCAUAUCCAUUGGCUCUGCCGCUCAAUCAAGGAAAUUCUGGGGAAGGCUUCCCGGCCUUUGUCACACCAAGCGCUGUCGAAUACUCGGACUCUAAUAGCUAUCGCCAUAAUCAUAACACAGUCACAACGGGGUACCCAUACUCCAGCAGUGCCCCGGCAAACAGCAUGAUGUCCUACCCGCCCGUACUGUCGCAGGCAAAUUCCGCCUAUGCUGAUCGCUCGUCAUAUGAGGUUCAGGCAACCUCGACACACCAGUCAUUUUUGCCGCACCGCAGUCACCCGAAUAGCCCUUUAACGUCUUAUUCGGGGUUGACAGGUCAUUCGUCCGCCGCGAGUUCUUACGGCUAUCCCUAUGCCGCCAGUUCUGCGACAACAACCCCUAGCGCAGCGAACACGCCUGUACAGCCCUUGUCGCCCACACUUAUGGGAGUAGGGAGCUGGGAUAAUACCAGACAGCCCAGAGAAACCUAUCAGCAACCAACUGUGGACCGAAGCAAUCGGGAAGGACGUAGGGUUCACGUCACAGAUUUCCCACCCAACCCCUCGCGAUCUGAAUCGAUAGAGGUCCAUCGAUCCAGCAGUCCUCCGAGAGAGAGAGACAUCCACAUAAAGAGGCGCAGCGUUCGACCUUUGGCGUCGUGUAAAGAUGACCAAAAGAGCACCAGCUCUCGGCCACGCAAAGACGACGACAAGGACGACAGAAGGAAACGGACACGGAACGAACAGAGACGAGAAGGUGGUUCGGACAGACGUGAGACGAAAACGUACUAG